AUGGCUACUCAAAUACUUUACUUCCAAGUUCGGACCGGAAGAGUCAAUGGAAUUCCAGGAAGCAAGAACAACUUCAUCAAAUUCCUCGCCGCAUACUCGAUCGCAUCGUAUCUACUCCAAUUCAAAGACAGAUAUAAUGGUAACAUUAUGUACGACGAUCAAGGACACGUUUCGCACAUUGAUUUUGGUUUCUGUUUCGAUAUAGUUCCUGGAGGAGUUAAGUUUGAGGUUGCGCCAUUCAAGCUUACAUAUGAAAUGAUUGUGGUGAUGGGAGGAAACCAGAACACCCAGGUUUUCAGAUGGUUUGAGGAAUUGUGUAUCAAAGGAUACUUGGCGUGUCGCCCAUAUAUGGACACGAUUGUUAGAUAUGUGACACCCAUGUUGGAGAGUGGAUUGCCAUGCUUCAAAGAGACCACCAUUAAGAAUCUUAGAAGCAGAUUUGUGCCUAGCAAAGGUGAAAAGGAUGCUAGUGUGCACAUGAGAGGUUUGAUCAGAAAGUCGAUGGAGAGUUAUUACACCAAAGGCUAUGACGAGUUCCAAAGACUCACCAAUGGUAUUCCGUAUUAG